AUGCAAAAAGUGUUAGAGAUCAACAAAAACGUUUUGCCUAAACCCAUAGGCAGUCCUGAGUUUUUCAAGAUAAAAGCCCAAAAUACCAAGCGUAAAAUGUCAAGAUCAUCGUCUAGAAAAGAAAUUUCUAUAAUAUUUUUCAUAGAUUUAGCCAAAAAAUUGCUAGUUUAUCAAUUGGAAAAUUCGCAGAAAAGCGCUAUAAUAUGUCCCCAAGCUUAAAAUCAAUUAAAAAUCAGGGACCUUUAAAAUCAAUUCCUCAGGAAAUGUCCUCAAAUGAAGCCAACUCAAAAAUUCCAGAGCAUUUUAUUGAGAUUUUUAAAUCAGAAAAUCAGGCUAUACGAGAAGAAAUAAGAAAAUUGACCUUAGAGCUCCGAAGCAGCCAAAACUUAAAGCAGGACUCUUCUAAUAUAGCAGGAUGCCAAAAUUUUUAUAGCACAAGUGCUUCUGAAGAAAAAAAAUCGCAAGAAGAAAGCAAUUCUUUAAGCUCGCAAUGUGAUGAAAUUGUGGUUGAAACGGAUCCAUGAUUAAUUAUUAAGAAAAAUUAAAAUUUUUAGCUAUUUUUUCUAUUUUGAAGAUGUGUAAGCUGAUAGCCUAUUUUGUAAUCUCUCUAUUUUUAUAUUUUUUUCAAAAAAUAAAUUUAUUUAACAGAAAAAUUUUCGAAAAAAAAAUCUAUGAAGCUUGAAACUGCUGAUGCAAGAAAUUUUCAUUUAGAAAGCAAAAAUAAUAUGAAAAAUAAAGAAAGCACUUUUCCCAAUAUGCAUGCGUUAAAAAAUCUUCAAAAUGAAAUCGAAGAUUUAAAGAGCGCUUUAGAAGAAAAAAAGCGAAAAGAAAGUAUUGAUGAAGUGCAGCAAAAAAUAAUGGAUUUACAAGAACAAAAUAGGAAAUUAAAAGAAAAAGCUUUUGAAAUUACACAGCAAAAAAUUAAACCUUUUCAUUAAUAUUAUUAUUAAUUAUUAUAAUAAGGCAAAAAAGAUAAUAAUUAUUAUUCAUCACAAAUAGUAUAAAAAAAUCCGCAGAGAAAACGAAAAAUUAAAAUCCAAAAUAUUAACUUUGUCCCCAGUAAAUAGCAACAUAUCAAGCCCAUUAAUUUCAGUCCCCGGAUCUCCAGCCAAAGCAAGAACCUACAACGAAGAUUCUCUCAGAAAAGGAUUUUAUACCCCUAUAUCUCGUGAUUAUCAACGAAAAUAUUCCGAAACCAUCGAGCCAAGCUUAAGCCCGUCCUCAAGCUUCAAAAAGCUCCCCUCAAUCUGCCAAAAUUCCGAUGCCUCCCCUCUACUAAGGCAAACCUAUGACCGCUCCUCCUCGCUUAAACCGCUUUCAGAGGCUUCUACAGGAUUUUCACAGUCCUAUAACUCUCACGAAAAUUCCCCAGACGAAAAAAAUAAAGAAUUCAGGCUAAAAGCCCAUUUAAUAUCUAAUGAAAUUGGGGAAGAAAAUACAUGUGAAAUUGAAGAUUCAGCAGAAAUAGAGGAUAAUGAUAGGAUACAAGUUAGAAAAGAAAUCGAAAGGCUUGAAUCUAUUAAAAAACAAGCCCUAGAAGAAAAACUUCAGCUAGAAAAAGAAGCCAGCAAAAGAAGAGAAAUUUUACGAGAAAAAAGCAUAAAAGACAUGAUUAAAAUGAAAAAAUUAGAAGCAAGCAAAAAAUACGAAGAAAGUCGAAGAAUAAAUGAGCUUUUAAGGCUAGAAGAAAUAAGAAAAAUUGCAGAAAAAACGAAGCAAAAAUCAGAAGAAGAAAAGAAAAAGAAAGAAAAUUCUGAAUAUUUGAAGUUUAAAAACCAAGCAAUAACAAAGAAAGUACAGUAUGCAGCUGGAGAAUGGGCACAUGUAUAA